AUUGGCUGCGAACCUUUAAUCGUCAAAAUGGCGUCGGAUGAAGAGGAUGAAGAAUUGGCAGCAUUGAGAUUUGCUGCACUUGCUUCUAUGAAAAAUAAGCAGAAGCCUGUGGUGGAAGAAGAUGAAGAUCUGAAAGCCCUGAAAGAAGCAGCUCUGAGGACCCUUGAGAAAACUCUAGUCAAUCCACAUGUGACCUCUUGUAUCCCGCCCCCGACAUCCAUCUCAGCCCCAACCCACCUACAGCCAGUCCAGUGCCACUCGCCAAACUACUACAGCAGCCAGCCACCUGCCCAGUAUGUACACAACCAGUAUUCACAGCCGCCAUCAAACUACCAACAAGUACACAAUGUCCAGUCCACUGACUUCUACCACCAGCACAAUCAUCACCCUUCCUACGGUAGAGGCCAGGCAUCCAGAGUGCAUCCUUCUCGAAGCAGGGCCCAUAGAAGAAAUGUUGCUAGGGGUGGUGUUUCUAGUAUUGCUUCCAUGACUAAUGUCAACAGAAGUAAUACUCCCCCGGGGACUGCUUCUAGACACAGCGGUGCUGCAUCUAGAGCAUCUGUAUCCAGAGGGAAUGCAAGUCAUGGAAAUGCCCCGAGAGGAUUACCACCUCGUGGUACUAACUUGAUUGUUAUUAGCCCCAUGCCAAUGCAGGGGGAAGCAUCACUUAGUGAGAGCAGAUCUGUUGAUCACACACUCAAAGCCUUGCCAAAAGUUGAAACGUCGAAGCCAAUGCUGCUGCGCCCACAGGACAAGUGGUGCUCAGGGACAUCUGACAGUAACAGCAUGACAGCCAGUCCAUCUAGACCAAAGGCUUCAGGGAAGUUCAGCAGAUUUGAUACAAGCAGCAGUGAAAGUGAAGAGGAGUCUGAUGAAAACGAAGAAGAGAGAAUAGCUCCUCUCAGUAAGUCCUCUGACAAAGAAAAUGAAUCUGAUCGGAACAAGAGUGACACUGAAAUAGACAAUGAUAAGUCCUCAGACUCAGACAGUGACAGCAGCUUAUGUGAUUAUGAAAGUGACAAGUCCAAAGACAAAGAGAGUGCCAGUGAUGACAGUGCCAGUGAUGAAAGUGACACUAAAGGCCAGUCUGAAAAUGAAAGAAAAGAUGACCUUAAGUCUGACAGUGAUGUAAAUCUUAAAUCUGAGACUGAAGAGGAAAAACAUGAAAGACUUGAGACUGAUAGAUUACUUGAGGAAACUAUGGAUCGCAGACAGGUCCUAAGCACCAGCUCAGAGAAGGAAGAUGAGUCUCCUGUGAAGUGGACCACUAAAAACAUCCUUGAGGCUGUGACUAGUGUGGAGCCGCAAACAACUUGCUUUGAUCUCUCACAGAAACUGGCACAUCACAGAGCUAAAAUGAAGGAGGAAAAUGGUAAUGACAAGGUUGCAGGGGAUCUAUCAGAAAAACUGACAAACCGCCGUAAUCGACCACAAGAUGGGGAUCUACUAAACUCUCCCACAGUCUCUGUAGCAUCAAAAGAGUAUGAAAAUAGUAAUAUUCAGAAAGUGGUGGAAGAUGUUGAAGAAGUGUCCAAGACAAAUAUGUCAGCAAAUGAACUUAAACGGUUAGAAGCAAGGAAGAGAAAAUUUGAAGGUUCUCCUGUGUCUGGGAUCAGUGAAGUGAAAAAGACAAUUUCAUUGAAGGGAAUUGUGCCACGAUCUAAGAAGAGACAAAAGGAACAUCACAAAUCUAGAUCUGUGUCUCCUGUGCCUAAACGUUACUCAAAAGAUUUUGAAAGGUAUGAGAAGAGGAAGGCUUCGAAAACGCGAAGGAAAAGUGGUUCCAAAGAAAAUCAUGAAGUGAAGCCACAAAAAGAAGACUUACAGGGAAAAGACAGAUCUGAUUGUAAGACUAGGUCCAGAGACAAAAGUGACAGCAAGUUUGUGGAAAGUAAGAAGAUAGAAGUUACUGCCGAUGAAUCAGAUGACUCGAGAUCUGAUGUCGAUGCUCAGAUUAGUGACAGUGAAAGUGAUGGUGGAGAAGGCAGGGCAUGGAGGAAAAGAGAAAAUAAAAACAGGAUAGGUGUGAACAGAGACAGAAGCCGACCAGUCCGAGACACACUCGAACGAUUUGAUAGAAGACGAGAUCAUCAUGGCAGCCCAUCAACUCAGCACGACCGAAUUGCUGAUAGAAGACGUCAAUUUAGGGACCCUCGAAAAGAUGUUGUUCCAUCCAAACAUAGAAGAGGUGGUGGAAGGCAGCGUAGCGUUGAACUUUUGGGUGAAAGUGAGAGUGAUUCUGAUGGACCAAGACUGCCCAGCAGUAUUGUGAUGCCUAACAGUAAACAAAACACAGACCACUGGAAAAGUAAGUCUUCAAGGUUAAAAGAGAGUAAUAACUCUGACAAUGAAGACUCUGAUUCAGAAUUACCCCUCCUUAAGAAAUCACAUUCUGAUUCUAUUAACAGACGAAUAAUUUCUUCUGAUGUUGGGAGAAGAAAACAAAACAGACGUUCCAGAAAGGUAACAACUGCGUUUGAUGACUGCAAUACAGUAACUAUAAAGACAAAUUCCACUAAGGAACAUUCCGAAAGAAAAGCCAAGUUUGAGUCUAGAGAUAGAAACUCUUUAAGUGUGACAGUUGACUCUGAUAAAGACGUUCCAUCUCGAUCUCGUGCAUCUGUCCAUGACCGUUUAGGUCGGCAGCUUCAUCACUCCGACUCAGAAUCAGUUAAGUUGAAAGUCAGCCAUGGAAGCGGUGAUGUCAAACAGAAGAAUGCUGAAGAUGGGAAGAAUGUUCUUGAUGAUCUCGAGUCCAAAGAAAGGAAGCAAGUGUCUCCAGAAGAAGUGACAGAAGAUUCUCCACAAGCAGAUGAUGAGCUAGAGCGACGCAUCCGGAGAAUCAAGGAGAAGAACGCAGCUAUCCUGAAGCGACAAGAGGAAGUCCGACAGGAUAAAGAAAGAUAUGGCUAGAUACAGAGUGAUACUGCUAGAUACAGAGUGAUAGGUCAGAAUGAUGAGGGUUGAUUAUGUGAUAGGUUCUGGUUGCAUGGAUAGAGAAUUCGGAGAAGAGUGAGGCGUGUAUAUAAAAAUGAUGCGGAUGAUCAGUAGAAAUAUUGGUAGAAUGGACACAAUGGGAGAGUGUGUGGCAUGAUAGAAAUGACACCAGUCUAUACACAAAGGUCUUUUCAUUGCAAUAUACAAACAAUGCAUAAACAAUGCUACCUCUAAGCCUCUUAUGGAGGGUAAUUAAAUUUAACAAAAUAUUAGUAAAUAGUCUUAUGCUGAAACAAAUGAUUCAAUUCCUGGAGUACGAAAAAAUAAAAUUGGAAAACGUGUUUUUUUUAUAUGUUUUGCCACAUUUAUCUAAAGGAUUAAAUAAAAAAAAAGAUUAAAUGAAGGAAAAUUGCUGCUUUGAAUGUUACUUAUGAAUGGUCAAUGUGUUACUAACCUUUCCAUUGUGAUCUACUUUAUCGCUGGAAUUUGAUUGACUGAUUGAAUAGAGUGUGGCAUAUCUGACAUCUGCCAUCUUCUCUACUGGAUUUGCUGACUGCAAAACUAGGGAAAAGUUCAAGUAAAAAACUUCCUGGAUAAUACUUUGGAAGAAUCAAAAGGAAUAUUUUUUACAUUCACCAUUUGCCACUUACCAAUCUCAAUUAAAAUGAGAUCUUAGUUCUCGCUACCGCUUAACAAACAUCUAGGACAUCCCAUUACGGGUCACGUCAGACCAACCUUGCGCGAUGUUUGACCGACCAAUUGAAUGACCAAUCAGAAGGCAGCUUUCUCCAGCUUUACGGCACUAAUUUCAAAUUGGCGACUACGCUUUGAAACAUAUUUUGACAAAUUCUCAAUUACAAAUUUGAAACCUGAACAAAAGAACAUUCUGGAAUGGCUAAUAGAUAGUCUAGAUUGUAUGGUUUCAGUCGUUAAACCCAUAACUAUCAUUCGGAUUACCCAGUGUUAAAGUUUUCGAGGUUGCAUGAUUAGAAAUCACUUUCCGACUGUCACUUUCAUAAUCUGGUAAAUGACACUCUGAUUGGUCGGAUGAAAGGUCGUUCUGACGUGACCCCAAAUGGGAUGUCUCCAGAUCUUUGUUUAGCGGUAGAGAGAACUAAGGUCUGAUUUGAAUGAGAUUGGCCACUUGCUUUAUGGUAUGUUAUGUUUGGCAUGUUGACACAGGCACAGGAAAUACAUACAUGAUAGUUACUGGUGGCAGUGUGCUGGUAUGUCAGUAAUUGUGCUGUAAUAGUAUCUGUGGAAAAUGUUCAUUAUUACUUUAAUCUGUCCAUGUGUGAAUGAUAGUUUUGAAUAGUAAUCUAAGUGUGUUUGUUUUCAUUCAUGUCGUUUACUAUUUAUCCAAUAAACCUGAACAAAUGUUCAGCAACCUAAGAAAAUUAUUUUCAUCCAAUGCUGUUGAUUCACCUAUAAGUCCUAUUGAUCUGUUUCAUGUAAAUAACUUAAAUAAUGUUGGUCAUGUCAAGUGCUCCUAUAUGCUCAGUAACUGUUAGAUGAAACAGGAUGCACCUGUACAGAUGCUGACUAAUAAAAAUAUCAUUUUA